AUGGGUGACAAUUCUGCGUCUAAGCUCUACACUAAUUUGUUAAUUGCAAACUAUCUUAAAUAUAAUGGUCUGGAAGAAUCACUGACAGCUUUCAUAAAGGAGACAGCACUACCGCUAUCUGCUUUGGAAGAGAGCAAAAGGUCGAAUACCAAUAUUGGUGAGGUAUCCUUAGAAAGUUUAGAAAGUAUUAUUGAGGACAGGAUUCACUACAGAAAAUCAUCGUUCAAAGAUAGGUUUAAAACUCUUUCAAUAAACGAUGAUUUAGCUCCAAUUGACAGUGCAAAAUAUGGAAUCCAGCCGUGGAACCAUAAUAUUAGAUUACGCAUUAAUAUCAGUUUGAACAAAGCCUUAAUCAAAGAUAUAAUGUUUAUUAGCGCAAACUUUACAGGGGAUGAUAAAUAUUUACUUUUGUCUUCAGCCACCGGAGACCUGACAAUCUACGACGUUCAGAGGGCAACAUCAAAGACGUUGAAAAUGAAGGAGAAAGUCAAGGGCAUUAUCAAGUUGUGCGGAUCGAUUGGUAUCUCCAGUUAUCAAUAUGUGUGUCCUAUGAAUGGGAGUUUCUACUUGCUGGAUAAGAAAUUUGAACUAAUCACCAACGCAGCAUGGAAGAUUCAUGAAAGAAUGAUUACGCAUAUAAAGAUUUGCGUUUUUACAGAAUCCUCUUGGUUAAUUAUCACUACCGGCAUGGAUAAUUUCUUGAGACUGAGCUUGUUGGAGGUAAAAGAUACUAAGCCUCAUUUAAAACAGCUUUCUGAAAUAAAGUUAGCUUCUAACUGCACGUCCUUGAACGUAAUCGCUAACCAUGAUAACGGUAAUGGUCGCAAGAAGUUUUCUGUGUUUCUCACUAGAGCAGAAUUUACACAUAUAGCAUGUUUCGCAAUUUCAGAUGAGAAAAAACUUGUGCAUUCAUACAAUAUUGCCUUAAACAAUACUGAAUUUAGCACGUACGCCUUCAACGUUCGAGAUGCGAUUGUAGUAGAUUUUGUUCAUCCCAGUGAUGGCGGGGCGAUAAAAUUAACGCCUAGUACCAUGUUAGUAGUAGCCACGUCACAUAAACCCUAUAUGAGGCUGCUUUUAGUAGAAAUACCAAUGGAGACAGGACAUUCGGAGUCGAUGGAACCGGAUGAAACUCCAAAGACAUAUUAUGACAAGAUUUUGAGGAACUUCGCCACAGAAAUUAGUCAAGAUGAUUUUUCGUUACCAAUUAUCCGUAAAUUGAAGUCCUCCAACGGCAUACUAGUCGGAAGUGAUGUGGGCAUUUACAGCAUUGAUUUGAUGAAUGGUGAUUCUAGACUUUUGAAUAUUCCCGAUGAGGCGAAAUCUCUGCGUCAUAGAAUAAAGUGUAUGGACGUUAGUGAAGAUCAAAUGAAGGUGGUCGCUGGGACAUCCAAUAAGUCGAUUUAUAUGUUGUAUGUUACUGAAUAA